ACUAAACAAAGUGCGUAGUAUUGAUAUUCAGAAUAACCUUGCCGAUCAAUAUAUGGAACUAUUUUGUUGUGUUUUGUAGCCUAGCAGAUUUUGUACACUUUUUGGCAUCUUAAAUGGCCUAAAGAUCAACUGCAUACAAUGGGAUCAUUUGCAUGUAGAUUCAUUUGGCACAACCUACAGCCAAGCUGAAAUAUCACACUGAAGUAACAACUCGAUUAUAUCAAGACACACGUGAUCAUUAUGGCAUCGGCAUCCUCGAGCCAUGAUGAUGAAUUCACAGAUCUACUAGAAUGCAGGGUCUGUUUGGGAAACCUAACUGACCCACGGAUACUACCAUGUCACCAUUCUUUCUGUCUACAAUGCCUACAGGAAAUAGCAAGGAGAAGUUUCCGGAAUAGUAUCAAAUGUCCAGAAUGCCGUGCACUUUCGACUUUACCAUCUGAGGGAAUUAAAGGACUCAAAAAGGACUUCAUUCGCAACACAAUAAUAGAAAAAGUCACCAAAUCAAAAGGUGCACAAGUAAAGUCCAAAUAUUGUGAAAAACACCCAGAUGAACUCCUCAAAUUAUACUGCCAGAUUGAUAAUAGUAUUAUAUGCUAUGAAUGCCGAGCUUAUGAACAUGAUGAUCACAGGAAUUCUAUCAUCAAAAUCAAAGAAGCUGCACAAUCUAAAAUGAACCCCACGCGUGAAGGUAUAGCAUCAAUUUUGGAAACCCUUGAUGCUAUUAUCAAGGACAAAUCUAAUUUUGCUAAUCGACCAGAUCCAAAUGAGCUUGACAUUCUCCAGUUGUCCAAAGUUGAACAAGAGAGCAUGAUGACCCAUUUGAAAUUUCUUGAGGAUAACGGUCGAUAUCUAGAACUUCUUGAAACUUGUCUUGGACUGGUGGUUCAAAUAUCAGAUGUAAAAAAACAGUGGGAUCAAAUUAAAAGCCAAACUUUAAGUCAAAGGAGGAGUAAAACUCACGAUUUCACUGCAGGUCAAAGUGCAAAUCAUAGUUUCAGUGCAGGUCAAAGUGCAAAUCACGGUUUCAGUGCAGGUCAAAGUGCAAAUCAUGGUUUCAGGGCAGGUCAAAGUGCAAAUCAUGGUUUCAGUGAAAGUCAAAGUGCAAAUCAUGGUUUCAGAGCAGGUCAAAGUGCAAAUCAUGGUUUCAGAGCAGGUCAAAGUGCAAAUCAUGGAUUCAGUGCAGGUCAAAGUGCAAAUCAUGGUUUCAGUGCAAGUCAAAGUGGAAAUCAGGGCUUCAGUGCAGGCCAAAGAGAAAACCAAUGUUUUAGUACUAGUCAAGAUUCAAUGCAGGGAUA